CGUGACCGACAGUAUUGACGAUUCACACGCUUGUUAACCCCUUUCUUCAAGUGUGUUACAUAUGUGCUUCAGCAUACCGGGAAACUUGACUCUUCUUCAUGAAGGGGGAGCUGCUGAGCCCGUGUCGCUGUAGUGGUUCUGUUCGCUGCACUCAUGAGCCCUGUCUUAUUAAGUGGAUUAGUGAGAGAGGAUCCUGGAGCUGUGAACUCUGCUACUACAAAUACCAGGUCAUCGCCAUCAGCACCAAGAACCCGCUACAGUGGCAGGCCAUCUCGUUGACAGUGAUAGAGAAAGUACAGAUAGCUGCAGCUGUUCUGGGUUCUAUGUUCCUGAUAGCCAGUAUCUCCUGGCUGGUCUGGUCCUCCCUCAGCCCCUCGGCCAAGUGGCAACGGCAGGACCUGCUCUUCCAGAUCUGUUACGGCAUGUACGGCUUCAUGGACCUGGUGUGCAUCGCUCUGAUUGUCCACGAAGGUCCCUCCGUAUUUCGCAUCUUUAACCGCUGGCAGGCUGUUAAUCAGCAGUGGAAAGUCUUAAACUACGACAAGGUGAAAGCCAAUGAGGAGCAUCAGAAGACCGGUGCCACAUUCCGGACCCUCACUCUGCCGCUGACGCACCGAAUGGGGCUGACCGGCACAGAAGGUGAAGCCUCCACCUCCACGUCCUCCCUCAUGGCUGCAGCUGCAGCAGCCACCAUAACCCCCACCACAAACUCCGUCCCGUUGGCAGCAGGUGCCACGACAGAGCUGCAGGACUCAUCUGAGCCCAGCAAUGGGCAGUCCUCGCUGCCAGACCACCACUGUGCUUAUAACAUCCUUCAUCUCCUCAGCCACCACCUGAGGCCCCAGGAGCCGCGUGGACAGACCAGCAACAGCAACCGCGAACUGGUCAUGAGAGUCACUACAGUGUGAGGCCUUCUAUGAAGUCCAGUUUACGGUUGAAUCUCUGCAUGCGACGUAUUUAAAAGAAAGGAUUCACUGAGGAGAAUUAAACAGUGUUAACCGACGACCCAGUGCAGUGCUGUCCGGGUUUAAGGCAUUUGUUUUUUCUGUUUUUUACAGUAUUGAAUAAAACAAGGAAGCAGUUUCUCUCACAGUGGCUACAGGAAAUAUUAUGGCCAUAAAGCUUCACAUGUGAGCAACUGAGAAAGGUCAAAGGUCAGUGGGGUGGAGUCUCUGAGUGUGUGUAUUGAGUUUUAUUGUCAGCUCAAGGCCACAGUCAGAGCUGUGACCGUUCUGAAGCACAACCAUAACAAUGCAAUCCAGUUUCUACACUGACAGCCGCUGCUGAACUAAAACAGCUCAGAGUGAAGAACAAACGUGUUUGUAUGUAAAACACACAUUACACUAAUUUUACGAUUACUACAUGUUGUAUUUUCAGAUAAAAUCCUAUUAUUAAUGUCACUUGCGACAAUGAGCAAGUCUAAAUCGGUUUCCUAACAAACCAAAUGGGGUAUUGAAGGAUCAUACUGUUGUGUUUACACUCACAGGCAGUAUGUUUUUUAGCGAAAUCAAUCCUCUUUGUCUUCUCUCAGUCUUGUACAUCAGUAACAGGAAACUACGUUACAGUGGAGACAACU